CCUUUUGCUUAAUUUGCUCCAAGUUUUGAUCUUUUUUUGAUGGGGUGGUAACCUAAAUGUUAUGUGCUUAUGUGUGGAUGCAAUGAUUUCUUUUAGGGGAAUGAUGGUGCCCAUAACAGAAAUUUAUUUGUUUCUUUUGCAUUAAAGUGAGUGACUUGAAUGGACUCCAACGAAAUGGGAAGGGUGGUUGUUAUGUAUUUAUGCUGAAUUGUUAUUUGUACACUCUUUGUUGUUGUUGCAUGAAAUAGGUUGUACCCGGAAUCCUUCUUGGUUUUUGUAGAAGUUAAGGUUCAAGAGAUUAAUAUGUUACUGAAAGAUGAAAGUUAGAGCUGUUAGUUUGAUGCUUUAGUUGUUACGGCAUACAAGUAGAAGCAAAAGUAGCAAAAAUGUUCUUGUUUAUGUCACCAUAUUUUUUUGUAUAAAAGAGAUUCAUGUGAAGUUCAAGAAGUAGCCCUCAAAUAAUACUUUAGGGGUAUUUUAUUAGUUAAGGAGCAACCAAAUGAACUUUCUAUCUCAAUAGACUAAUUGAGUAGAAAUCCCAAGAAAGUUUGAAGUCGAAAAGAUUAUUUACUUAAAAAACGAUUCCUUUGGGGUUUUGAACGAAACUAAAAUGAGUGAAACUUGUGUUAAUCCUUGUAUAGUAAGUUUUAAGUGUUUAUUAUCAUGGAAUUAGUUUUGUUAGUGAAAGUUGUGGAAGGUGUACCUCAAGUCAGAAGGUUCAUAUUUUGUUUGUAGUCAUUGGAUUAUCCUUUUAACUGAUGAAAGGAGACAGAGAAGGGUUCUGGUCAAAGAAAGUGCCGAGUGUAGGGGAGGAAGAAGAGAGGAUGGGAAGAUCAAGGGCAUGCUAUUUUGUUAAUUCCUUAGCCCUGGCAAUUUCCACUCAGAAUGUUGCUUACAAGGAAACUGAAUUUGGAAUGAUCUGUUGCUGAAUUCUGCAGUAGAAGCCCUUCUUUUAUACUGGUAAAUAAAGGGAAACAGGAAAGAAAAAAAGGGUAGGAACACCAGAAGUCUGGAACAAAAACUAAGUUACGAACUAGAGAGAGGGAACCUGUGGCUUGCAGCAGCGGCUUCGCCAGAAUGCAGAGAGAACGACAGAGAGGGAAGACGGAGAAGGAGGAACUGGUGCCGGACGGUGCUGCCUGGCAUGCUGCUGGUGGUUCUUCUGGCAGCAGCGCAGCAGAGACGGAGAGAUAGAAGAGAGUUUUUGGACCGUCAGAGAGGAAGAGGCAGUUUUAUGAAGAAAGGAGACUGAGAAAGUCAUGCUAAUGGAAGUAGGAGCAGGCGACCCUUAUGCAACUAAUCCGGGUCCAAUUGAUGGUUCAGUUCUUUAUGAUCAAGACAAGCAUGUUUCCACAGCAGUAUGGGAUGGACAGGAGCGUGGGGCUCUCAGAUGUCAUGAACACACUUCGAAACUUGAUCAGUGGACACUUACCCCAAAACAGAUCGAGUUGGUAGAGAGGGCUGGAUUUGGAUACUUGAGGUCAAUCCCAGCUAUUAGCCUGGACAAUCCACUUAUCUCUGCUCUAGUCGAAAGGUGGAGAAGAGAAACAAAUACUUUUCACUUGAAUGUUGGAGAAAUGACGGUAACCCUUAAAGAUGUUGCACUCUUGCUUGGUCUAGCAAUUGAUGGAGAUGCUGUAAUAGGUCUUACAUAUACUGCAUGCAAUUCGGUUUGUGAGAAGUAUCUUGGCAAGGUGCCAGAAUCUGGCUACACAAGUGGUGGAAUGGUGAAGCUGAGUUGGUUGAAAGAGUUCUUCUCUCGCUGCUCUGAAGACGCUCCCAUCGAAGUAAUAGAGCAACAUACUCGUGCUUAUCUUCUAUAUCUUGUAGGUAGCACUAUAUUCUCCACCACUACGGGAAAUAAAGUCCCCGUGAUGUACUUGCCAUUGUUUGAGAAUUUUGAUAGAUGUGGACAGUAUGCCUGGGGUGCCGCAGCGUUAGGAUUCUUGUAUAGAGCACUGGGUAAUGCAUCGCUGAAAACUCAAAGCACCAUUAGUGGCUGUUUAACACUACUGCAGUGUUGGAGUUACUUUCAUCUAAACAUCGGGCGCCCAAAGCUUAAUCUUGAUAUGAUGCAUGAUCGAUUUCCAUUUGUGCUUAGAUGGAAAGGCAAACAAAGUGGUCCGACUGCAAAUCGUGAUGUUGUUUUUUAUCGCAAAGCUUUGGAUUCGCUAAAAUCAUGUGAUGUAGAGUGGCUACCCUACAGAAACAUGGACAGCAUGGUAAUUCCUGAACAUAUCAAAAGAACUUUGUUUCUUGGGAGAUCGAAGACAAUGUUGAUAUGCUUCGACAAGGCAGAAAGACAUCUUCCAAACCGGUGCUUACGGCAGUAUGGCAUGCUUCAAUCAAUCCCAGAGGAUGUAGAGCGAUGGGAGAGGAAGAGUAGAGGAGUGGAUGGCGGGGUUGAUUUAUCUGGUAAAAUGGAAUCAGAGCUUAAUGAAUGGAUGGAUCGCCGUGUGCAUAUUGUUGACAGCGAUGAAGGUAUUGAUGAAAGUGAGUACAUGGAAUGGUAUUUGAGAAUCACUCGAAAGUUCAUCGGGAGGCCUAUUUCUCUCUCGUCCGAGUUCCAGAGAACGAAAAUAAACAAAUCUAUGCAGAAUGCUGGUCUGAGGGACAUUGCACACAUUGCGGAUACCUUCUCGACGAAAGGGUUGGAUCCACAACAAAUAGAAUCGAUAUCACGGAUUAGAUAUAUCGCCCAUGAAUGUUUGAGAGACCAAAUUGGCGGUCCGGUCAUGGUCUCAACCUCCCCCCAAGUUGAACUUGGAAAAAGGGUAAGAGGAAAGGAGAGGGUUAGAAGAAAAGGCGCGGGUAAACGAUUACGGAAGGAUGGUGCAGUUCAAUAUACUAGUGCAGUUAGUGAAGAUGAACAACCUCAGUUUUAUGGUACUGCUAUUCCGGUUGAUCAAUUACAUCUUACAAGGAUUGAUAGAGAGUUGGAUCAUGCACAAUUAUGUUCUGUAGAGAAUGCAGUUAGUGCUGUCCAGUUGAUUCACGCCGAAGGUGACAGUGAGAAUCUGCAGCUCUGUGAUGCACACAUUGGUGUCAACCAAUCAGAGCUGCACUAUGCAGCCGUUGCUGAUAAUCACAACAAGCCGGACGAUCGUGCUGCCGACGCUAACCAUCAAGAUCUAAAGGAUGGAGUUGGUGAGGACAUAAAGGAAGAGUUUAACCAUAUGACUGGUGAAGAGAAUAUCGAUGAACUAACUGUGGCGAACACGGUUCAUGAUGUACAACAACCCUAUCCUAUGGUGAAUGAUAGUUCACAGGUUUGCGACGAUGCCAUGCACGCGAUUAACAACAACCUUGCAGAGACAGCUGCAGAUGUCAGUCAGUCGCGUCUCGGCAACUCGGCUGGGGAGGUCAACCCGCAUCAGAGCAACGCAGACGACGAUUUUGUUAAUUCGCAACUUUCCCAUAUUAGCAAUGAGAGUGAACAACAGCCAUCUGCUAAAGCAGGAAUAGAAGUGUCUCAACAACAUUCUUCCAUUGAAACCCAUGAGGAUAUUUCACAGAAAGGUGAUUGUAGUGUUGCUGUAUAGGGUGAAAGAGCAUACACUAUUGUAGUUUUUUGUAGAGAAGCAAAAUUUUAGGCAGAAGAAAACCUAAUUUAAAAGAUGUGGUGGUGCCAUGUAUAAUUAUUUAUAUUAAUUUAUCAUCUUAUUUUUUUUA